AUGAACAAAGAGGGAGAUCUUUCGCCCACAGCGAGUCGGACGGAUCUUGCGAGCGACGUAGACACGUCGAAGCUCACACCGCAAGAACUCAAAUUAUUUAAAAUGUAUGGGAGAUUGCCGUCCAAGAAGGAUCUCUUUAAACACAAACUCCACGAACGAAAGUACUUCGAUAGUGGAGACUAUGCACUCAGCAAGGCUGGUGUGCGUUCCGAUGAACUAGAUCCUAAUGCUGGUAAAAGCCACCUUCCCGUCACGAACCCGAGCGGACUCCGAGAAAGCAUCAUCAAGAGAAGAUUGAGCAGCAGUGCCGGAAAUAUCGACUCCCAGGACCUGCGAAGACAAGGCAGCAUAUCGAGUGGGCCGCCGCCACAUUCUCCUGGUAAGUAG